AUUUAGCAAGAGUUCAGGUAUCAGUGUGAAGUAAUCAUCAGUACAACAUACCCAAGAUGAAGUCGGCUUUUGCUUUUGCAUUGUGUUUCUGCCUUCUUACGGCUGCCAUAGCUGCUCCGCAACCUGGACUAUUCAGCACUCUAACCGGUAUCGUAGGAACCGUCGUGAAUGGCACCAUCGGUUUGAUCGGUACUGUGAUUACGGACACGACAACAAUUAUCGGUAACGUUCUAACUGCCACUAUAUCUGGUGUCCAAUCGUCAGUGAACAGUACCAUCUCUACCAUCGGCGGUCUCAUCACAAAUGUUACUUCCGGAGUGGUCAACGCCACCGGCACUGCUUUGACAAACGCCUUCACAGCCGUAUCGAGUGCUCAAACAGCCCUGAACAAUAUUGCUACAGCCGUCGUCGGUAACAUUUCUGCCAAUGUGGGCACAGCGCUGAACAACACCGUCUCAGGUCUCCAGACACUUAUCAGCAACUUGAACUCUACCAUUGCUUCGGCUAUCAGCGCUGGCACCACUGGAACCAGUACUUUUGUGGACACUUUGAACAAUCUUACGAGUGCCAUCAAAACUGCUGUUCAAAACGUAACCGGAACGUUGACCUCGGUUCUGCCGAACGUCACCACCGCCAUCCAGACUCAGCUGAACGGCACCAUUGGUACCAUUACAGGACUUCUGUCCAAUGUAACUUCCGGAGUAGGAACUGCUGCCGGCACUGUUCUGACGCAGGCUGGAACUGCGCUUUCGAAUGCUGAAAGCACCCUUGGAAGUUUGACUAGCGCCGUGCUCGGCAACUUGACUACUCAGGCCCAAGCAGCUGUCCAAACUGCGGUCACCAACCUGCAGACCCUGGCAAGCACACUUAACUCGACUCUGGCCAAUGCCAUCAGUGCUGGAACUACGGCUGGCAGCACUUUCACUUCGGUUUUGAGCAACCUCACCAGUGCCAUCAAUUCGACGGUACAAGGUAUCGCCGGAACACUGUCCUCGUCGGUUCCCACUCUGAUUAGCAACAUUCAGACUCAGUUGACCAGCGGUCUGAGCACCCUCACUAGCCUCGCCUCAUCUGCCGGAACCACCGCUAAUACCACUCUUUCGAACGUUGUGUCCGCCCUGACCAACGCCAAAUCGACUCUGGCCAGUGUUGCCGGUAGCGUGCUGGGCAACGCAACCGCCCUUCUGUCGAGCAACCUACAGACCGCCGUUACGGAUUUGCAGUCGAUUGCCAGCACGCUGAACAGCACACUGGCCACCGCCAUCGCUGAUGGUACCACCUUGUCGAGCGGUGUCCUGUCUGCCCUGCAGACUCUGGCCAGCAACCUCAACACGACCGUCCAGGCGGUGGUUAGUGCUGUAGUGACGGCUUUGAACACUACCACUACUACUACCACCACGACCACCACGGCGUCGCCGACGACGACCACCACUUUCUGUGGCUUCCUCUGCCAGCUGCUGAAGGCUUUUGGAUAAAUGUGUGGACGAUUAGUUU